AUGUAUAGAACAUCAAGGAUCCAUAGAUUUGGCAAUAGUAGUAGUAAUAGUAUUAGUGGUGCUUCCAAAUACACAAUCAACUUUGGUGGAAAAGCAAUUGAAACAACAGUUACAAACAAAGCCAUCAUUGUAGAUCAAUGGAUUGAAGAAAUCAAUGUUCUUUAUGCUGGAAAAUCAACCGUAGUAGUUGGUUUAGAUGUUGAAUGGAGGCCAAAUUAUUCUCGCUACAUGGACAACAACAAAUCCGCAACAUUGCAACUUUGCAUUGAUGACAAAUGCCUAAUAUUGCAACUCUUCUACAUUGACAAUUUGACACUUUCUCUCAAGAACUUCCUCAUGAACCCUAAUUUCGCUUUUGUGGGGGUUGAGGUUGGUGAUGAUAUUUCUAAGAUUAGAAAUGAGUAUGAUCUCAAUUGUGGUGCACAUGCCGAUAUUAGAGAGCUUGCAAUGGAAAAAUGGCCCGGCCGGUUUCGCCGGCCGGGGUUGAAGGAUCUGGCUAAGGAUGUGGUUGGUUUGAGUAUGAAGAAGCCUAAGCAUGUGAGUAUGAGUAAUUGGGAAGCUAGGGUUUUAAGCAUUGAGCAAGUUGAGUAUGCAUGCAUUGAUGCCUAUGCUUCUUACAAGAUUGGUCACAAGCUUCUCAUGGAUGAUUAA